AUGACUCAUAAGAGAUGUGUAAGCACAAUUUCUAUCAACAUUCAUACUGGAUAUGUUAUAGCAAAGAAGUCUUUACUGGAUAUUGAUUAUUUAAUCAGUUGGACGGCUACUUCAAUUGUUUUAAUUAUCCAAAGGCUGAUUUUUGUUCAUGCCAUUUUCAAUGAAGAGAAUAGCGUCCCUAAUAGUUCGCCUGACUCACUGUUUGAUACUGGAACCUCAAUUAGUAGAUCUGAUGCAAGAGGGCUCAAGUAUAACCUUAAUUCAGCUGCUGCAGCCUUUCCUAACUCGCCUAAAACUGCUUCAAAUCAGAAAGAUCCCUUGACAACGAUGACUGAAGGGCCAAGACCUGCUGUUGGAUCAAGCAAGCAAGCUGCAACUUAUGGAAGUGUGCCUUCUGCUGGUUUUUCCACUCCAGCUUCAGCUCAUGCUCUUCAGGGUAGAAAUUCAUCUGGUUCUAUUCAAGCUGCUGAUAACCUUUCCGAUGGGAAGGUUUUGUCUCAUCAUAACCAAUUUAAAGUUGCUCUCCCUGCAAAUAAUGUGUUAACUGAAUUUGGGUCAGGUGCUCAUGGGUGGGCAGCAGGAGGUAAACUUCGACCAAAGAUCCAUGUUGGCAGAGGUCAUACCAAUGCACAGGGAAACAUCAUUAUUCAUACUGAUCAAUACAACAAGGAUUAUUAUCCAGUUGAAUAUGCAGAUGCAAAGUCUUUUGUGAUAAAGUUGUACAGCGAGGAUGAUGUUCACGAGAGCAUCAAGUAUAAUGUUUGGUCAUCUACACCGCAUGGCAACAAGAAACUAAAUAAUGCAUAUGAAGAUGCUCAGAGAAUAGCUGUGCAGGGAAACCUAGAGGCUGUUAAUGUGAGUGGCCAAUUUUGUGGUGUUGCGGAGAUGACUGGUCCUGUUGACUUCAAUGCAGAUAUGGAUUUUUGGCAGCAAGAUAAGUGGAGUGGGAGUUUCCCUUUCAAGUGGCACAUUGUUAAACAAAUUUCGAACGCUAGUUUAAGGCACAUCAUAUUGGAGAACAAUGAGAACAGGCCAGUUACUAAUAGCAGAGAUACACAAGGGGGAUUAUGUAUGUCCACUUUAUCCUCUGGCUUCCCAAAUUCUGCCAAAUGA